GUCGCGCACCAGGUCCCCGAGCGAGGGCAUGACGAGGUGGACACCUGCCCGGCCCCACGGCGGAAGUCGGAGAUUCCUGGCCGGAGCGCGGCGGGCGCGGCCGGCGGCGUUGGGAGUCCCGCACGGGUCCGGUGGGGUGGCUGGGGGCCGAGGACCGCGGAGCAGGGGCCCCGGGAUCCGGAGACCGGCGUGGAGCUGCGGGGGCCCUCCGAGGAGGACGGGAGGGUCGGGGACCGAUACCGGCGCCAGGUACUUGGUGAGGGGCGGGGCGGGGCGGGCCGGGGUGCGCCAGGUGAACCAGGCCUCCUGCGGCCCACGGCGCCCCCUGGCGGCAGAGCGGCCCCACCCCCGUCAGCCCCGCCCCCGGAAUGACGACGCCCCCAAACAGCGGCCUGGAGGCCCUCCCAAGCCGGCCCCGCCCCACCGCCCUGACCAAGACCCUAGCCAGCCUCCCGGCUCCUCCCCGGACCCAGCCCCGCCCCUCCGGACUAACCACGCCCCCAAGCAGAGGCCCGGCUCCUCCCCCCGAGUCAACCCCGCCCCUCUGGACUUCCGCCUGGAGGUCCGCCAGCUCGCGCUUCCCGGCUCGCCGCCCACAGCUCGCCAGGCCUCGUCGGCCUCGGUGCGCUGCGGAAAGCCGUCCGGGCCCGCUGCUGAGGCCGUGGCCGCGGCCGGGCCAAGGUUCCGGGCGGACCCCGCCGACUCAGCUCCCUGCCUUUCCCUGAGGAUGGACCCUGGAGACCCCGCCGGAGACCCCGCCGGAGAGCCUGCUGCCGGUGACACUGCUGGUGACCCAGCCAGUGGCGAGUGUGUCCCCAUGGGCCGGGACCCGCUCCUGUUCCUGCAGACCCUGCAGACGCUGUGGUCCACUCGGGAGCUGGGACAGCUCCGGGAGGAAGCCCAGAGGGGGUUCGCCGCCCUGGAGGACCCGCUCGCUGCCCUCCUGGACAUGCUGGACGGCAGCCGGGGCUGGCGGGGGAAGGGCCCCUCCCUGGAGGCCUGGGUCGCCCGCGAGCUGAAGCGCUGCUUGCAGGCACAGCCGUGCCCGGGGCCGGCCCGGGGCAGCCCAGGGCUGAAGCAGCUGCAGGCCCGUGCGGUCAAGCUCCUCGCCGAGAGCCCCCCCGGCCUCGUGGAGCCGCUGGUCAGCAUCUUCCAGCUGCAGGACGCAGACCGGAGCCCCCUGCUGGCUCACGUCCACCGGCUGCACCAGGAGGGCAAGUUCAACGAAGCCAUCGUGCUGGGGACAAAGCUGCGGCUGCAGGCAGAUCUUGAUGUUGAGAAGACGUGCAUUCCCCUGCUCCUCCAGGACAAGGCAGACCUUGUGGAGCGCUACGUGGAUGGCUUUCCCGACCUCCAGCGGAGGCUGCUGGCCCUCCUGGACUCCUGGUGCCAGCCCGGCUUUGACAUCAGAGUCGUCGCCAGAAGGUACCCGCAGACGACCUUGAGGCUGGAGAGGCUGAGCCCCAGAGCGCUGGGUCGGCAGGUCCUGCGGCUGCUGGAGCGGCACGGCCUGGACCCUGCCCUGUGUCCCAACGUCGUCACCCAGCAGCGCCUGGCCGCCCUGCGGUAUCUGUGCUACAAGCGGCUGGUAGAGAGAAGCGUACCUCGGGAGAGCUGGGCCGAGCAUGUGCAGGGCCUGGUGGGGCAGGACCAGGGGCUACAGGAGCAGCUGCUGGCGUCUCACGACGACGCGGCCCCGGCCGCCCCGCCUGCCCUGGGCCUCCUGCUGCCCGAGCAGCGACUCCCGGCCUCGGUGGCCGCAGAGCUCCGCCAACUCAGGGUCCCGGAGAGGACGGCCGAGGCCCCUCUGGAGGACGGGAAGGACGAUUACUACCAGCUGCCCAUCUCCAGGGAGCACCUCCACUUCCUGGCCUCGUGGGAGGACCUGGCCAGGCACCAGGAGGAGCUCCUGCAGCCCGGCCGGGUGGUCAGCGUGGACCUGGAGUGGAGGCCCUCGUUCGGCGCCGGGGGCCGGCCCCGGGCGUCGCUCAUGCAGGUGGCCGUGGAGGGCCGCGUGUUCCUGCUGGACCUGCCCCGGCUCUCAAGUCCGGCAGGAGGGCAGGCACCCCAGGCCUUCUCCCGGCUGGUGUCCCGGCUGCUCGCGGACCCCUCCAUCACCAAGCUGGGUUAUGGGAUGGCGGGGGACCUGCGGAGCUUGGGUGCCUCCUGCCCGGCCCUGGCCCAGGCCGAGAAGCAGCUGCAGGGCAGCGUGGACCUGCUGCAGGUGCACAGGCAGGUCACCAGGGACCCAGGAAGGGCGUGUCACCACACGUCCCCACGCUUCCCCAGAACGAGCCCGGCUCUGCCUACCAACCCCCACCCCAGGAGCUCUCAGCACACACCCUUGGGGCUUAAGGCAUUGGCCUCAGAGCUGACCAGUGGGCAGAUGCGGGCGGCAGACAGGCCAGCCCCAGGCGUGGACGGGGCCGCAGGGCCGCGGGGCCUCAGCCUCCUGGUGCGGCAGGUGCUGGGCAAGCCCCUGGACAAGAUGCAGCAGCUUUCUAACUGGGACCGGCGGCCGCUGGGCGAGGGGCAGCUGGUCUACGCAGCCGCUGACGCCUACUGCCUGCUGGAGGUGUACUGGGCUCUGUGCAGAGAGCCUGCCCGCUUCCACCUGUCGGGGGACCUGGCCAGGAGCCUGAGGCUGGGACGCGGUGAGAGAGCGGGGGCUGGGGAGCUGCCGCCCCUGCAGAAGGCCUCGGCCUCGCCCCAGCAGGUGCCCGCGGGUGAGGACGCAGCCCCCGAGGUCCCGGCCAGGGCCUUCCGCGUGGUGUGUGACAGCAUGCUGCAGGGGCUGGCGCGGAGACUCCGCUGUCUGGGCAUUGACGUGCUGGUGCUGGCCACCGGCGAGGACCACCGCAGGGCCGCCGAGGUUGCCAGGCGGGAGGGAAGGAUCAUCCUGACCUCAGGGCUGCCGUACCACAAGCUCCGGGCCCAGGUUGGGGCUGGGCGCUGCCUCUCGGUGGACUGCUCCCUCAAGGCCCGGCAGCAAGCCACGGCCGUGAUCAGGCAUUUCAACGUGCGUGUCACCCACUCGGACAUCUUCAGCCGCUGCCAGGCUUGCAACUGUCACCAGUACCUGAAGGUCUCCAAGGAUGUAAUGAAGCAGCUUGUGUGGCUCAGCGGCCACCCAGAAGGCCCUAGCGGCACAGGUGACGAGGCCACCCAAAUCGAGGAUGAACGGGAGACAGGGUUAAGAGGAAGCAGCCGGGGGUGCCGGCCCCGCUCCCCAGCCCAGCUGCAUCCUGGAGACUCUUCUGUGACCCGAGGCCCUGGUGUCGCAGCCGGCCCUGGACAGACAGAGGCCGGAGCCAGGGAGAGGCCAGGACCACAGGCUCAGGGAGACGAGGCCCGUGUCCUUCCAGGCCCGCCAGGCAGGUCCGGCCCCAGCUCCACUCUGCCCUUCCCCCCUGCGCAGCCCUCUAGGGAGAGGAGAGGACAGCUGACCGGGACCUGGUCCUCACGCCACGCCCGCCCCAUCCAGCUGGGCUUCCCGCCUCCCCACCCCUCUGCUGCCCAGACUAGCUGCGUCUGUCCGGGGACCCUCCGGGCUCACUCGCUCACUGCCAGCCCAUCCUAGGCCCCAGCCCCCACCCUGGUCCUGGCCCAUUGGGAAGUGCCUUCCUUGCCCCGUGACCGCUUCAGGCCCCUUUCUGGGCUAGGGGUCAGACGCCAGGCCGACAGGGUGGGCUGUGGCCCCGGUGCCAGGCCUGCCGCUGCAGCGAUUGUCUGCUGCAGUUCCUGCCCCGGGCGUCCUUCCUCCGCUCAGGCCGCCGCUGGCCCGGGGCUGAGUGUUUGUUAUUUGAUCUCUAUCCUCUCGGCCCUUCUACCAGGUGUCUGGGCUGCUGGGAAGAAACACUCUCCUCUUUCCCACGCUCCCCGACACAUUUUAAUGAAUUAGCUGGAAGCCCCGCCCCCACUGCCCGCCUGCCCGCUCACCCGCCCACCCCUGCCGAGCGCUUUAAGGUGGCCACAGGCCUCGGCCCAGCUCUGGCCAUCGCCCCUUCCACACUGUCCUCUCCCGGCCGCCCCUCCCAGACCUUCCCAGCCUGGGUCCCUGGGUGUGUCCCACCGCCCACUGCUCUGAGCCUCUAAAGGAAAGGGGUCCCCAGAGGGAGGAGGGAGCCCUCUCCAGCCCUGGACUCCAUCCCACCAUGGCCUUCCAGGGUGGCACCCCUGGGCCAGCUCCCAGGAGGACAGGGGUCCAGCCUUGUAGUCAGGGUUGGGUCUGUCCCCCCAGAUCCAGGUUGAGGGCUUCUCCUUCAGAGCCAGUGAAGCCCUUGCCUGUUUGUGGAAGUGACCACAUCACCAAGGAAUGCCACGCACAUGGGAGGGGGCUUCUCUGAGCCCCUGGACUGGGUCUGGCAGGGAUGAGCCUCCUCCCCCCCCUCCCCCCGCAAGGCAUUUGGAACAAACGCCCUCCUUUUGGACAUGUCCUUCAGCAAACAUGAGCAAGUGCUUCCUGGAGCCCGUGCCCCACAUGUCCCUCUCCCUGUCCUGUCCUUGAACAGGGCAGCUCCUGGCACAUGGGGUGUGGACCAGAGCGACCCCGAGCAAAAUCACCCUCAGCCACGGUGCAGCAGGAGCCACGGGCCUUCCAUCGGCUCCCCAUGGACAGA